GUUGUUCCGCGAUGACGGCUGCCGACCACGAAGAGUGGAGCCAGCAGAUGUCCUCAAUGACAGUACCCGAGAUGCCGAUGAUGACUCAAACCGCAACCCUGCGACGACGAUCCUCCGGCAGGAUCGUGCUUCCGCCGGUAGUUCCUGCCUACGAAGCAGACGAUGAUUCAAGCACGCCAAAGGACUCUUUGGUGGUCGCUGUGCCGCCGGGCGGCUUCAACUACUUCGCCGUUUUCCCACACUUGGCCAAAAAGCCCCCACCACCGGCCAGGCGGCUCUUCUUUAAGGAGUUGCCGGGGACCCCAAGCUCCAGCGAGUGGCAGAUGGAGGAGAUCUUGGUGCGGAUCCGGAAAGAGAGGACGGAAAGCGUGGUUUCACCGUCCGAUCUCCGCGAGGCCGCGCGGCUCCUGAAUGGCGACGGCGAGCCCGCCCCUUCACGCAGGCAGUCGGUCGCUUCCCGCCGCAACUCUGCGUCCUAUACUCAGAGCCUGACUAUGUCUGCACCGCAGCUGGCCAUGGCAACCACAGUGGGUGCGAUGCCCCAAGAAGAGGACAAUCGAGGCUUGGUGAAGCAGCUCAUGACUUUCCGAAAGGAUGACCUGCACUCUACGCUCUACAAAAAAAGAGUGGCCGAUGGCAGAGAUCCGUGUCCAGAUCGCAUCUUCGACCGCAACGUGCGGCGUGAGCUGGCGCGAACCUGGCAGGCUCCCUUUACUACGCCUGCGGCCGGGCAGCCACCGCCCCGCAACCUGCGCACCACAUCCCAUGGAUUGCCGCCACUGUUUCAGAAGGGAAGCUACUGGAAUCCCGAGCGCGAGCAAGAUGUGGAGUGCAAUCCGGGGGCCGCGAAAUACUUGAGGACCUGCCUAGACGAAGGCGUGCUCCCGGACCUGCUUCCCUUUCUUACGGGCCAUUCUGCGAAGCUGGAGGCAGCCAGUCGGGAACUCACGGACAAGGACCUCGGAGCCAUCACCGCAAUGCUUGGCAGGGUGGCUACUGCGAAGGUUAUCGACCUCAGCAACAAUCCGCUUCUGACGGACAAGUCCAUGGCUCCGUUUCUGGAUGCAUUGCUUCGCCAAGAGCUGCCAGCCACCGUGGCCAGACUUAGUCUGGCCAACUGUCAUGCUUUGUCUCUGAAGACAGCAACGAAAUUGGCAUCGCUGGUGGAAAGUGAUCAGGCUGCACGUCUGCGAACCCUAGAUCUGAGUGGGGUCCGCUUGAGCCUGGCAGCCCAAGUGCACAUCUCCGGAACCAUCCGGGAGCACGACGAGUUGCGCGAAUUGAAGCUGGCCAACACGAACAUCUCUGGUCGUGACUGCUUGCAUGUUUUGCUCGCCAAUGACAGGCUCCAGCUACUCGACCUGAGCUGGAACUCCUUCGACGAGCAAUGCUUUGCGACCAUAG